AUGGCUGUUGCGAUGGUCUCCAAAAGAAGUACAAGGCUUUUCCUCGAGGACGAGGGCGGCCACCCAGAAGAAGAUCCCACCUACCGCCCGACAAGACGCAAUUCCAAGCAAGAAGACCCUGCUCCCCUCGAGCUGGCCGACAAGUACCAGGCCAAGGGCCCUUCACGACAAGGCUCGCGCGAGUCUGUGGCCGCUCCCGACGCCGCGGUUGACGUUCAUGUACAGAAGCAAGUCGCCAUGGUGGUGGAAGACGUGAAGGCCGCCGUUCUAGGAGAGAAGGUUCCGGCGCGGCGCGAGGAUAGUCUGGAAGUUUUUGACGACCGGCUGAAACCACCCAUGGCUUCGCCAAUUUCUUCUGUCAUCGAGCGAGUCCUGCCCAUUGACGGGAGACCCAUCAACUUUGGUGUAGUUGUCCCAGGCGUUUACCGCAGCAGCUAUCCUAAACCCGAGGAUUUCGGCUUCAUUCGGAAUCUUGGGUUGAAGUCGAUUGUCACCCUCGUCCAGAAGGAUGAUGUCGAUGAGCCUUACACGGCCUUCAUGUCCGGCAACGGCAUCCGUCACCAUGUGUUCAACAUGAAGGGCACAAAGAAGGAGGCCAUUCCUAUUCGGACAAUGAAGGCCAUCCUGCGGCUGGUUCUCAAUCGCGAGCACCACCCGUUACUCAUCCACUGCAACCACGGCAAGCACCGCACUGGGUGUGUUGUUGGCGUGGUCCGCAAGGUGACGGGCUGGGAGCUUAACACUAUUGUAGACGAGUACAGGACAUACGCCGAGCCCAAGGUCAGAGACUGCGAUAUUAAGUAUCUUACCGACUUUGACCUAUCGGAUCUGUCAAAUUUGUUCGUUCACGAUGCGAAUAUGCGGUUUCGGAUCCGGCACUUUGUCCGGGUGACGCUGUUUAGUGUCUUUGUCAUCUUUGUUUGGCUGCUCUCUGGCCAUAGAAUGCAGACCACGGCCAGACGAGUCAAAGACGUGAGGUGA